AUGUCGGCGAUCACUUCGUUCUUGCGACCGGAUUUCACAUGGCCUCGACCGAUGGGAUCAUCCAUUUGCAAGUCAACUCCUAAGGUGCCAUCUUCACCUGGAAAGCUGCGACUAAGAGCAUGGGGCAUAGUACAUGAAGCUCUAUACUACAUAUCCGAAUGGUAUUGUGCCUGUUUUGGCAUACAAUUUGAUGCCAACAUCAUACAAUUGCCCUUUGGACUUGUCUUGAAGUGGACAGAUCGAACAAGUUUGGAGGAGGCUGCCGCAAUGCACAUGGCGCGGGCUGCCGGGAUGCCGAUCCCAAAGGUCCUUUGUUGUGGAGAACACCCGAAUGCGCCGUACAAUCGCAAUUUCUCAAUACUGAUGACACGACUGCCGGGCUCCCCCCUCGAGAACUCUGCUGACACUUUACUCGUCGAAUCUGAGGAUCCAUGGCUCUUCGAGCUGAGAGAAUGCGUCAUUGCCAUGCGCAGAUGGACUUCGCCCCACUCUGCGGAGAUAUGCUCAGCCAUUGGCACUUCAAUACGAAGCCCGCGUGUACCCGGUCACAUCAUGGGACCAUUUGCCGACGAAAAUGAAUUCAACGAUUAUCUCUUGAGUACAGCUUCGGGGCACGGCUUUGAUACGACCGCAGAAUACAUCAAGGCUUUGGAACAAGCCAAUGAAAUCCGCAACUACCCUCACCGAAUUACUUUCACCCAUGGCGACCUCAAAGCUCACAACAUCCUUGUUGGGGAUGACGGGCAUCUUUCGGGUUUUCUCGACUGGGAAUCGGCCGGGUGGUAUCCUGAGUACUGGGAUUUUACUACCGCGAUGAGAUACGGAACCAAUAGUUGGUGGUUUCAAGUGGCCUCGUGGAUCGGAGGUGAUCAGUACAGGCGGGAGUUGAAGUGUGAUAUUGCGUUGAACUCUUUGACCGUCGAUUCAUACAUAGCUUUCUGA